AUGCCGGAUUGGCAGCUGAAACGCCAGAGGGUCGACGAAGCGUGCGGAGCUGCUCCUCAAACGAGGAAUCGAUGCGACCACUCUUUCUGCUUUGAUUGUACUCGCCAGCAUAUCGCGACGAAGAUGAAGGAAAAUAUAAUAAAGAUUCAGUGUCCAGUGUGGAAUUGUGGAACUUUGAUAACUCCUAAACAAUGCAAAUCCAUCCUGCCAGGGGAAGUGAUUUCUAGAUGGAAAGAUGCCUUGCAUUGCUCUCGAACCCCUCCAGUUCUGGAAUUUGAUUGUCCUUCCGAGGAUUGCCCAUUUAGGUUAACAGAUGAUGGGAAGGCUAUUGAUGUGAUAGAAUUUCAGUGCCCUGAAUGCCUUGUAAAAAUCUGUGCUGAGUGUAAAGGUUUCAGCCAUGAAGAUUUGGAUUGUGAUGAAUAUAAGGAAUUGGUAAACUGUGAGAUAGAGGAAGAAGAAUAUUAUUAUUUAGCACUGCUGAAGCUUUCUAAGAAGGAAAAUUGGAAGAGAUGUCCAAAUUGCAACAACUUUGCUGGAAAGACGACAGAGGGAUCUAACAAAGUAGAAUGCGGGUGUACUUACAAGUUCUGCUAUGACUGCGAAUCAGAAUGGAGCCGAGGACACUCCUGUUUUGACCCUUCCAGGCUUGUGGGAUAA